UUUAGAUAACUUUAAGCAACUAUAAUAAUAAACAACACUGGCUAAAAAAAUUAGCAAUGCAAAUAAAUGCUUAUCGACCAUAACAGAAUACAAGAAGUAUUAUACGUAGUUAUCGAAAAAACAUAUAUUGGUUAAAACAUAAAAUAACUAAAUUAAACGUCGUCAAAUUUAAUUGGCGUACUUAUUAUACAGCAAGACUCGAGUAUAUAUAUCUAUACGUUUUAGCAAUAUAUUCGGUAGAAUUGAUAACUACUUAUAUGUGAAAAAACCCAAAAAAUAAAUAUUAUGGAACAACAAAAGACAUACACAGAAAAAAAGCCAUACCAAUGUGAAGUGUGCAAUAAAUCGUUUUUUCGAAAUUUUGAUCUAAAAGUAUGUCAUCGAACUCACACGGGAGAAAAGCCAUACCAGUGUAAUGUUUGUGGCAAAUCGUUUACUCAAAACAAUAAUCUGAAACGUCAUCAGCGAACGCAUACGGUAGAAAAGCCAUACCAGUGUAACGUUUGUGGCGAAUUGUUUACUCAAAACAAUAAUCUGAAACGUCAUCAGCGAACGCAUACGGUAGAAAAGCCAUACCAGUGUAACGUUUGUGGCGAAUUGUUUACUCAAAACAAUAAUCUGAAACGUCAUCAGCGAACGCAUACGGUAGAAAAGCCAUACCAGUGUAACGUUUGUGGCGAAUUGUUUACUCAAAACAGUAGUCUGAAACGUCAUCAGCAAACGCACACGGGAGAGAAGCCAUAUCAGUGUGAUGUUUGUGAAAAAUCAUUUGCUCGAAAAUUUGAUCUAAAAGUACACCAUCGAAUUCACACUGGAGAAAAGCCAUACCAGUGUAACGUUUGUGGCGAAUUGUUUACUCAAAACAAUAAUCUGAAAUGUCAUCAGCGAACGCAUACGGUAGAAAAGCCAUAUCAGUGUGAUGUUUGUGGCGAAUUGUUUACUCAAAACAGUAGUCUGAAACGUCAUCAGCAAACGCACACGGGAGAGAAGCCAUAUCAGUGUGAUGUUUGUGAAAAAUCAUUUGCUCGAAAAUUUGAUCUAAAAGUACACCUUCGAAUUCACUCUGGAGAAAAGCCAUACCAGUGUAACGUUUGUGGCAAAUCGUUUACUGAAAACAAUAAUCUGAAACGUCAUCAGCGAACGCAUACGGUAGAAAAGCCAUACCAGUGUAACGUUUGUGGCGAAUUGUUUACUCAAAACAGUAGUCUGAAACGUCAUCAGCGAACGCAUAUGGGAGAGAAGCCAUAUCAGUGUGAUGUUUGUGAAAAAUCAUUUGCUCGAAAAUUUGAUUUAAAAGUACACCUUCGAAUUCACUCUGGAGAAAAGCCAUACCAGUGUAACGUUUGUGGCAAAUCGUUUACUCAAAACAAUAAUCUGAAACGUCAUCAGCGAACGCAUACGGUAGAAAAGCCAUACCAGUGUAACGUUUGUGGCGAAUUGUUUACUCAAAACAUAAGUCUGAAAUUUCAUCGGCGAACACACACGGGAGAAAAACCAUACCAGCGUGAUGUAUGUGGCAAAUCUUUCAUUCAAAAUAUUCAUUUAACAACACAUCGUCGAACUCACAUGGGAAUAUUGGCGUAAUUAAGAAAUUGUACUAGGUUUUGUCUAUACAUUGUUUUUUGGGUGGGGGGCUCAGUCCCCUUUACUUAUUUUUAUACAUAUUAAAACCACUCUUCUUGUA